AAGGUCAGGACAACGCACCCCAAAGCUGCGCCGUCAGUGCGGUAUGUCAUCGAUCUCAGACGCACAUGUCGAAACUUCGUAGCAUUCUAACACACUGUUCUGCAGUCCGGCGCGCGAAAGGGCGCAAACUACAACGCCAUGCAGUUCUACGCCGACCGUCUUGAUGAGUACUGCGAUCCGCAAGACCCGGUCUGCUGCUCCAGCGGUGCCAACAUCCUGGCCCACUUGAGCUACUUCACCCCUCAGAACUCAGAUGCCAUCGCCAACUACGUCGCGGCAAAAUUCAAUGCCGCUCGUUAGAGUCGUUGGCUGUCCGCCACGUCUCGCGUGAUCAAGAAUUGGAUGGUGGAUGACGUGGAAUCGCUAUGCUGGUGACCGACGACGACCAUCGUCUUAAGUCCUUUGGACCUUUGUCGCUUCGCUUGUUCGGUCGCAUAUUGGGAUGUUGUCUAGCUGCG